GGGAACUCUCGUGGAUGAAGGAGGCUGCGCUGCAAGCUGUGCAACAAGGAAUUCACAGGGACACAGAAACGGGCGAUGGAGCACUUUUGUUUGAAGAGGGUCUCCACCCGGUGUCCAAAUGCAACGAUGGCAAUUUGGAGGAGGUUGCACAGGGUUGGUUUUGAGAUGCCGCCAGAUCUUUUGGAGAGGGUGCAGCGCGCAAUAGAGGAGACUGCUAGCGAUGACGAUGAUGGUCCUGUGUUGGAGAACGGCGCGGUGGGGCGAGGGGGAGGGGUUGCGAUGGAUGGGGAGGCAGGGGAGGCAGUUCAUGGGCAGGCUGGCAGCAGGGUGGAUGAGGUGACAAGAGGGGUUGUGGCCGAUGGAGAGACUCCGGUCCGGAGACCUGCAUUGUCGCAAACUGCGGAGCAGGCUGCCCGCAGACGGGGGGCGGCUAGACAGACAAGCAUCGUCAGGUACGUGAAGAACCCCAGACAAACGGACAUCGAUGAUACCUGCUGCGAGUUCUUUGUCGAGAACGCCAUCGCCUUCAAUGUCGCGAAAAACAAGAGCUUCAAGAAGUUCCAGCUGGCGUGUUAUGGGCCGGAGUGGGGAGUGGAGAAGGUGACUGCGAUCUGCACAGACUCCUUUGCAGGGAACAAGAGCGCUGCCCGGAUGUUGAGGGAGGAUCCCGAAUUCGCGCAAAUCUACUGGAUCCCUUGCACGACACACUGCAUGGACCUGCUCAUGCACGACAUCUGCAAGAAGAAGUGGUCGGCGACCAUCAUCGAGAAGGCCAACAAGGUGGUCACCUUCUUCAGAGUGCACAGGUGGCCACGAUCGCAGCUGCGGACGCAGUUGUUGCAGUACCCUGACCUUAAAUGCACCUGCCUACUUCGCCCAGCUCAGACGAGGUUUGGGACAAACUACGUGAUGCUGCAGCGACUGGAGGUCUGUGCCAGGGCCAUCAUACGCAUCGUGAAUGGACUCGCCUGGGAGAGGAUGGUGUGGAGGAGGGAUAUCAGGGGGAAGGCGUUAUUUGUGGAGGAGACUGUUCUUGACAGGGCCUUCUGGGCUGAUGUCAAGAAGCUGACCACACUCAUGAAGGGCCCUUAUGAAGUCCUACGAGAGGUGGACAAGGAUGUCCACUGCUUGUCUCGGAUCUAUGACCUGGCCCGUCAAUUGCCUGUCUUCGUCCGUUCGGCCCCCCUCGGUGACAAGCAGCGAGAUGAUGUCCUGGUGGACGUAAAGAAUUGGACAGAUAUGCUGCUCAGCCCGAUCCACGCCGUGGCCCGGUUGCUGGAUCCAGUGUUGAGGGACAUUGCUGUUUUCAGCAAUGUUGAGCUCAUGACGCAAUUUGAGGUUGUUGUGGAGCGCCUCAUCGGCAAGAGAGGGAGCAAGACGUUUCACGACUGCUUGGACCAACUGUAUGAGUUCUUGAUGGCAAGAGGAGUGUUCGGCACCACACGGGCGGUGCAGAGGGCGAAGAAGGACAAUGCGGUGCUGUGGUGGGAGGAGCAUGGGGCUGGCCAUCCAGAGAUCGAGGCUCUGGCGGUGAAGACGAAGUCCAGGAACAAGCUGCACCACCAGCGCACCGAGAAGUUGGUGUACUCGCACUGGAGCCUCAGGCUCAAGAGCAGGGGCGAUGAUGGCCCAACGGUGGUAGGAGGAUGGUUGGGGCUAGCAGCAGACUGGGCUGACGAUAAUUUGGAGGGUGAUCAGGCGGGUUUGACUGACGCUGUCGACGACGGUGAGCUCGGUCAUGAGGCUGCUCCAUCCGGUGCAGGUAGCACCACCAUUCGCCAUGAUCCUGCUGCAGCCAGGACAUCAGCAGGCGUGCCGAGGCGAGGAGAGGUGGAGGAGGGUAUGGAGUGGGGUGACAUGGAGGAGGAGGAGGACGAUGACAAUGUGGACAGCGAGGACGAGAUUCCACAUGACGAGUGGGUGGGGUCAGACUCUGACAGAUCGUGGACGAGGAGGGAGGAAAUCACACCAUAUGUUCCGGGCACACGACAUGGAUUGAGGUCCCAGAGUCAGCGGCAGCAGGUGCAGCAACAUGAGGAGCAGCCUGUGGAGCACCAUGAGCAGGCUGUUGUUGAGCAGCAGCAGCAGCAGGCUGACGAUCAGCAGGGGGAGGAGGCACUGGGGCACGGGGAGCAGGAGGGCGAGGCAGAGGAAGAUGAAGCAUGCGAUGCAUCAGCUAAAGCAGCUUCAACAGUACUAGACGCAGCAGCAGCAGCAGCAGCUUCGAUAGCUGCAUGUGUUGCAGCACAUGCAGCAUUUGCAUGCACCUGUUGCAGCUGCUGCUUCUGCGGCUUGUGCCACUGAAGCUGCUUUAGGUAGUGCAUCAUCUACAUGACAAGAUGCAACGACCAUAGGCAGAUGUGAUAAGCCAGGACCCUUACCCAACGGCUUCCCGUACCCUUUAGGGAAGGUCCCAUGUAAGCCUCGAAGUACGGAUUCUAAGUGAUUAGGAAGAACGGAGUUUAUUUUUCCUUUUUUUCUUUUUCUUUUUCUUUCUUUUUCCUUUUUGAAGAGAGAAGAGGGACGAAAAUAAAAACUUAUUUUCCGA